GAAUGGAAGCGUCGGCUUCAGUCGGGCGCGAACCUCCGUCGAAGAACGGUCUCCACGAUCGGCGUAGUCCGGACACCCUAUUGAUACGGUCUGUAUGAUCUUUAGAGAAACCAGUCGAGGGGUGUAAAAGCGAAGCGGUCGAUUUUCUUCUCUUUUUCUUUUUUUCUCGUCGCGCGAAUUCGCGAACACGUGUCAUUAUGACAAUACGCGAAAUCGGAAGCGAGGCGAGAUUCAAGGAACGAGAAUGAGGACGAUCCUGCGCGCUUAUCGCGACCUUCGUAUCGAGUACUUCGACGAGUAAGCGACCUGUGUAGUAGACAUGUGGAAGUGUUGGAUCCUGUUUCUGUGCUUCGCAGGCUUAUCCUCGGCUGUUUUGGACUUGUCAAACUUUAGUGUUAAUUCCUUGACGACUAAUCAAUCGAGAACAGUGCGACAGCACGAACACGUGAGACGAUUCGCGUGUCCCGUAGGUUUCUUUCGACUGAAACGAUUCUGUUAUUACCUGAGCGCCGGAACAGCGCCAUGGAGGGACGCGUACUUUCAUUGCAAGGACAGAAAUGCCACCCUGGCUAUACUGGACAGAAAUGGAAAGGACAGGAUGCUGAGAAAGUACUUGAUGGGGGAUCAGUUCACGAAAUUGGAGCGGUGGAUCGGCGGAAUUUUCAACUGGCAACAGAUGGCCUGGGAAUGGGGUGUGACGGGUGAGAAGAUGGUUUUCCAGAGUUUCGGGAGAAUGGAACCCGGGAAAUCUGAGAAGUACGCGUGGCAUUGUAUCAUAAUGGAUCCCGCAUUGAAAUACAAGUGGAGCGCGAGAAGCUGCGUCGAACGGAAGCAUUAUAUAUGCGAAGUGCCCGCCGGUCGUUUAUCAAGAAGACGCAAGAAGUCGGAUCCUUUCGCGCCGCAAAACCAAAGAUUAAAACCUAGAAAGAAGGGUAAGAAAUACUUAAACGAACAGAGGAAGCUAGAGGGAAGAAAGAAGAAUCGAACAAACUGGAGAAAAAAUUGGACGGACCAAAGAGAGAAUGAACAAUGGGCUCAUGGUGUCAAACUGGGAUCGCGGCCACCUUCCAAUACCAAGAUCACGCAGUCCAGAGAGCGCAUGCGACAUCGUUCGAAUAAAACCCGUUUGCAACCAGCUGAGCCAAGAGUUGCCCAAGUAUUGCCUCAAGGGCGAGAAUACGGCGCUUUUCUGGGCGGCAGACUCAAUAGCCAUCAGUCACAAAAUUUGGACAUGAAUAAUGUUUUUUCGCAGUUUCACAAUAAAAUAAACGAUUUCGCGCGGGAGGAGAUUUUGUUGAAGCCGUAAAGAAGAAACGUAAAUUAUUGAUAAUUAUAGUUAUGGCUGCAACUUUGACUUUAUUACUCUAUUACAUAAUGUAUGUGCGACUAAAAAAAAAACUUGCAUGUAAAAUUUUUGUUACAAUGAUACUAUCGAACUGCCAAUACGCUGACACAACCACUGCAAUAUAUACAACCAACUGCAAAAAUAAAUUUUGCAGAACUAUUGCAACCAAGAUUAAUCUCGAAACAGAAUCCUUAACGUUCCUGAAUAUUCGUGGAAAUUUCAAAAAUAUACUGAUCGAUUAAUAAAUCAAUCAUAUAUGGAUAAAUAAUGAUAAGUAAUGAUUACACGAUAUUUAUGUAGGUCAUUAUUUAUCAAACUGCAUUCGAUAUUAUUAAAGACACACUCGUCUAAAUAUUCUCUAUAUACUUAUUUAUCGUAAUACUAUUACAAAAAAUUAUUCAUUAUCUCUCUAUAUCUAUCUUUCUCUAUCUCACGAUUAUUUUGCCAAACGUCUUGUGCAGUUAAUUAAUUAUAAUGCGUGAAUAAUUCAUGUAUCGAUUAAAAAUCUAAAGCUGCCAAUUCUUAUCACUGCUAUCUGCGACGGAUUGCGUUACACGAAUUAAAUAAGCUACUAGAAUUGUUAUUCAAUAAUUAUCUCACGAUAUCCGUUUACGCUAAUCAUAAUUUUUAUAAAUGAAUUAUGCGAUUAGAUAGUGAAUCAAGAAGCAAAAUAAUGCUCGCAUCUUCAUAUUUCAAUCCACGUGUUUGUUAUUUUUUCACCGCUUCGUUUGUAAAUAUAUCAACAUAGGAUCAUCGAUAUAUAUAGCCCCUAUGUAUUUAAUGAUGUACAAUAAAAUAUUGAUAUUGACGAA